AUGUCAGAGAACGUUGGGCUGUCCACACCCCGAGGUAGCGGAACUUCGGGCUACGUGCAGCGCAAUCUCGCCCACUUGAAACCCCGAGAUCACGGAGCGCCAUAUCCCCAAGAUCGUGACAGCUUACGGCACAAGCAGCGACAGCCCGACAAGGGUAUACUAGAACAUGAUCGCAAACGACAGAUUGAAGUCAAGGUGUUCGAGCUGAGAGAUAAGUUGGAGGAAGAGGAAGUCGAUGAGGAAGAAAUUGAUAGGCGCUGCGACGAACUGCGCGAUAGGCUUCACGCUGAGAAAGACUCCGGGAAAAAGGGUUCCGGAUCGCAAAGAGCAUUUAAAGAACAUCAAGUACACGAGAUGGCCGACGCCAAGAUUAAGGAAAGCGAGCGGCUGCGAAGGGCUCUCAAAAUCAGUUCCGAUUAUGAAGAGGGUAGCCAUUGGAGGAGGCAGGAGGAGAGACUUGGUGCCGCUGUUGAAAAAGGGGCCGACAACGAGAAGUGA